AUGGCGGCAGACAUUCCUUCGUUUACUCUCAACACGGGCGCCAAGAUCCCUUCGGUCGGCAUGGGAUGCUGGCAGGGUCAGCAGGGUGCCGGCCGCGACAACGAGCUGGUCUCGGCGCUACUGACCGCCAUCAAAGUCGGCUACCGCCACCUGGACACGGCGCAGUUCUAUGCCAACGAGGAGGAAGUUGGCCAGGCUGUUCGCGAGUCAGGCGUUCCGCGAUCCGAGUUCUUCGUCACCACCAAGAUGGCCCCUGCCGCCGUGAAGGACCCCGUCAAGGAGAUCGAGUCGUCGCUUAGCAAACUCAACAUCGACUACAUUGAUCUUUGGCUCAUGCACUGGCCUCAAGGUCUCACCUCCACUGACAUGAGCUCGGCCCAAGCCUUCGGUCUCGAGAGCCAGAAGGAUCUCGGUCCAACGUUCAACGAGACCUGGGCAAAGAUGGAGGACAUCUUUCUCAACACCCACCGCGGCAAGGUCAAGGCGAUUGGCAUCUCCAACUUCUCCCCCAAGAACCUGGAGAUUCUUCUGCGCACCGCCAAGGUCGUUCCUGCAGUGAACCAGAUCGAAGCACACCCGUAUCUGCCCGAUCAGGAGCUUGUCGACUUGUGCAAGGAGAAGGGCAUCCAUGUGACGGCGUACAGCCCACUGGGACAGUACAACUCGCCCAUCCACACGGACAAGGACUUGGAGCAGAUCGCCAAAGCUCACGACACCACCACCGCCAACGUUGCGCUUAGCUGGGCGGUGCAGAGAGGUACAUCGGUGGCGCCCAAGUCGACCAACGAAAAGAGGAUGAAGCAAAACAUCACACUGCUCAAACUCAGCGAUGCCGAGAUGGAGAAGAUCGAUGCGAUUAGCAAGGAUCCCAAGAGAAGCACCAGGCUCAAUGUCUCGGCAUACAACAAGCAGACUAAGAGAGCCAUCGGCUGGACCCUGGAGGAGCUCGGUUGGGAUGUCGGCUUCAACGUCGACGAGGCUUAG